UCUUUACCUGGCAGCUGGGCUGCUGGGUCGCUGCAUAACCGAUGGGUUAUGGCGAUGGGCACCGUGGGGCGUAUGGACUGAAUGGUGGCUUCAAGGGUGGAAGCAAUGGCAUGCAAUCCAAAGGCAAGGGAGAACGUCGAAGUCCUGCGAAGUUCGUUCCUGCUCGCGGUGGUGGCGAAUGGGGAAAGAAGAUGAGGCAGGCCCAGCAAGCUGCCAUCAAGGAUGAAAAGACCAAGAGAGAGGUGGACUACUUCUGGCAACAGCAGGAGUAUUUUAGCGGUGGCGGCAAGGGCCGCAAGGGCAAAGGCUCUCAGGACAGCGAGCGGUCCCUUUUUGGAGCCCAGAGGGAGAAUGUGGGGAUCGACUUUGACAAGUACGACGAUAUCCCCGUUGACCUCUCUGGAGAUGGGGCUGACCGCAUCGGUGCCCUCGAAAGCUUCGACGAACUCUGGGAUCGCUACCACAUCCAUGACUUCCUUUGGGAGAACUUAGAACGCUGCCACUACAAGAGGCCCACCCCCAUCCAGCGCUUUGCCAUCCCCGUGGCCCUUGCGGGCUACGACGCCAUGUGCUGCGCGCAGACUGGCUCAGGAAAGACCUGUGCAUUUCUUCUGCCCAUCAUCUCAUCUUUGGACACUGCGCAGGCUUUUAGCGUCAUCGGCUGCGACUAUGGAGAGAUGUCUGCACCGCGCGCCGUGGUUUUGGCUCCCACGCGCGAGCUGUGUUCUCAAAUCCACUUGGAGGCGAAGAAGCUGUCCUUUCAGUCCCCGAUCCGAGCCGGAGAAGUCUACGGCGGCGUGGAUGCCAAACCACAGCUGUUGGACUUGGCGCGAGGGGUGGAUUUGGUGACGGCCACCCCAGGACGACUGACGGAUUUCAUCGACCGCGGGGUGAUCACCAUGAGCAACGUGGGUUUCCUUGUGCUGGACGAGGCCGAUCGAAUGUUGGACAUGGGUUUUGAGCCGCAGAUCCGAGAGAUUGUGCAGAAGAGGGACAUGCCUUCCUCCCGAGAAGGACGGAUGACCCUGAUGUUUAGCGCCACCUUCCCCAAGGAGAUUCAGAAGUUGGCCCAGGCCUUUAUGAGGAACUACAUUUGGAUCGGUGUGGGGCGAGUUGGAGGUGCUGUUGAUACUGUGGAGCAAAGCUUCAUCGUGGUCUCGGAACGAGGCAAGUUUGAAGCGCUUACCAAGGUGUUGAAUAGCAACCCCACCGACUCGACCCUGAUCUUCGUUGCAAUGAAGCGCACAGCGGCAUGGUUGGAGGAUCGCUUGAUGGGGAUGGGCUACAAUUCUGUGGCCAUCCAUGGCGACAUGGAGCAGAACGAAAGAGAAAGGUCGUUGUCAACCUUUAAGAGUGGCAAGAGCACCUUCCUGGUGGCCACUGACGUGGCGGCGCGCGGCUUAGACAUCCCCAAGGUUUCGCACGUCAUCAACUACGACUUGCCCCACAACAUUGACUCGUACGUUCAUCGAAUCGGCCGCACCGGGCGUAUCGGAAACCACGGCUGGGCCACCAGCUUCUACGUGCCCGCAGCAGAUUCUCAGCACUCCAAUGCCAAUGUGGUGAAAGAUUUGGUGGGCGUACUGGAGGGUGCCGGCCAACCAGUGCCCCAGGAACUCCAAGAUGAGGCCUUCCGACAGGGCUACAAGCGCGCCGAACGCCGGGGCAAAGGCGGCGGCGAACGUCCUGAUGCCAAAGCUCCGGUGGAUUUUGGCUCAGGGACGGCAUGCGUCGACGUCAUAGCGUCGGGGCGUGCCAUGGGCAGCGUGCCGGUGGUCUCGGCAUGCUGCUGCAGUGCCAAGGACGGCCUCGCGGUGGGCGCCGCUGGAGGUGCAGAGAAGCACUCGGCCUUUGGAGAUGUAGUCCGAGAUGAUGGUGGGCUCCCACCCAGCCAGAAGAAGUAUCAGAUCUCGAUCCAAAAGAAAGAUGCCAAUGAGCAGCUUGGGAUGGAUGUGAAACAUCGCUUGGGUCGACUGGUGGUCCUGGCCAUUCACAGAGGAGGUGCGGUGGAUCGCGCCAAUGUGGUGGCGAACGACCAGGAACUGCCGGAGAUGAAGGUGAACGAUGUCAUCGUGGAUGUGAAUGGAGCCACGCUUGACACCACCAUGGUGGCCGCCUGCAAGUCCUCUGCUGUGCUGCGGGUGACCUUCACCAGGAGAGAGCACCACUGGUGACGUUCUGAGGC